GAGUCCUUUUCUUUGGCCAAUCACUCCCGACCAUUUCCUCCGAGCCGUGUCAAGUUGCUUUGUUCAUUUCCGGUUGUUCAAUAAAGUUUAUCAAGCUACAUACAGACAUGGGAGCUGUUACGGAUGAUGAAGUUAUUCGGAAACGUCUUCUUAUUGACGGGGACGGGGCUGGAGAUGACCGCCGAAUCAACGUUCUGCUAAAAAGCUUCACUAAAUGGUGCAACUCGCCUGGGACCCCGGAGGAGGGGUUCACGCAGUAUCAGAGGGUGAUGGCCACCCUGGGCCAGUGUGAGUUCUCCAUGGGCAAGACGUUGAUGGUUUAUGACAUGAAUCUACGAGAAAUGGAGAAUUAUGAGAAAAUUUACACUAACAUAGAACAAAACAUCACCUCUGCGCACGAGAAAAUAGCAGAAUGCAAAAAGGAAAUACAGAGAGCAAAGAGGGUACGGAAAAAUCGCCAAGAGUACGAUGCUUUGGCUAAGGUUAUCCAGCAACAUCCGGACCGACAUGAAACACUUAAGCAGUUGGAAGCACUUGAUAAAGAGCUCCAGCAGCUGUCUCAAAUCAAGGAGAACGUAGAUGCUAAGUUGGAGUUACGGAAGAAGCAGUUCCAUGUGCUACUCAGCACCAUACAGGAACUACAGCAGACACUUGAGAAUGACGAGAAAUCAGACAAUGAUGACAACAACCAGGAGAGCCCUGCUCAAACUGGAGAAUGAACCUGUGAAAAUCCUGGCAGAAAUAAUUGCUUUAAAUGAUUUUUUGUUUUUGUCUAAGAAAACUUUUGUAUGUAUUUUUGAAUAAAGUUGACAUGCCCGGA